UUGACGAGCUUUCAGGACAUUGAAAGAUUUCCAAAGUGCAUAAUGAAUACUAUGAUGUUAGUGUCUUUGGUUGUUGCUAUGGCAAUGACAGUGUCCGCCAAUCCCAGCUACCGAUUGGCAGAACUAGAAGAAGGUCAUCUUGAGAAUGAGGCUGAUAGUGGAGUAGAAAAGAGAUCGGUCAGUCUUUCCCAGUAUAGGACCAACCAACUGAACAUACACAAUGCUAAAAGGGCUAUACACAGUGCUUACCCUCUUUCCCUUGACGCCACUCUGAACAGUGAAGCCCAGGCCUACGCUGAAUAUCUGUUAUCUAUACAAAACCCUAGCCAACAUUGUUCGUAUAUAAAGAGUCAAAAUAUUCCGGGAAUAGGUUGCGAUUCAUCAACUACUAACGCUGGGGAAAAUCUCGCCUGGACCUCUGCUCAAAAUGACAACUUUGACGGAAGUACCCUUUGGUACGAUGAAGUGGACCUAUACGAUUUCUGUGACCAUGGCUUUAGCUCGGGAACUGGGCACUUUACUGCAAUGGUUUGGAAGCCAACUACACUGGUUGGAUUCGGAAGAGCAAUUGGUGCGAGUGGAACAUACGAGGUUGCCCGAUACGUUUCACCAGGUAAUGUUGGUGGACAAUACCACAUUAAUGUCGGAGAUGCUCCUGCCAGCUUGAACAGACCUGCUUGUCCUGCAACUGAUCCACCUUCGUCCUCAAGGGUUGCUGAAUGCGAAAGAAUUGCAGGCCUUACUGGGACGCCGUACUAUUACAACAACUAUACACCAAAGCCCAGCGUUUUCGGUCUGCCUCCCUGUUAUUUAAUCUGUCAAAAACCUAGUAAGAAGAGAAGUUCAGGUAGUAGCCCUCAGAACGUUGUCUUCGGUUAUAAUUGGAUCACAGGACAACUUGAUUGCGAGAAGCCAGAUGGUUCUACUGGGAUAUGUGUGUCCAAUGUGUGCACUUAAACGACUGCCCGAGAGCCACAAACUUGAAGACGCCAAGAUUAUGAAAUACCACAAUAUGAAUACAAGCAUUAGCCACGAAUUAAAUAGUAUACAUGUAUGCCAUGUCAUCAUAUCUGAUCGAUCGUAACAUUAGCCAGAUAUUGUCACAUGACUCGUCUACGUCGAGAGAUACAUUUAAAAUUCACAUUGUAUUGCUUUCGGACUUAAAUGAAAUAUAGCCUAAACAUUGCAUUGAA